AUGACAAGCAUCAGAGUUGCUUCGGUGCGUGUUCCCAGUUCUUUAUUUAUACUGAACUUCUACGAAAUAAAUUUAGAUUUUAUGUAACUGUGGAAAUUUCCUCAAACCUUUUCCUCCAUUCUUCACGCGCAAAUGUUCAUAAACGAAUUACGUGUGACCGUAAAUUUUGCGAAAAUUCGUCGCGUUGCUCUCGUUUUCUGACGAGGCAACGUGAAACGAUUAUUAAUAAUUAAUUGUCGAGACAGAAAUUCCGAGUCAAAACUGAAUAUUCCUCGCGUGAAUAUUCCUCAGAGUCUAGACUUCAUUCUACAAUUCCAAAACUGCGUAGAUUUAAUCCGGGAAACGAAUAAUUAACAAAUUUAUGCAGUGAUUCUAAAGAAGUGCUCCUGUUUCUUUUUUCGUAUCAGUCUCACAGGUGGCAGCACCAUCGCGAGUUUAGUUUCACUUUUUCGCCGCUACGUAGCGCUGGUAUUCAAAUGUGAAUCUGACAAGUUUUCGUUUGCGAAAACAGAAGGAAGAAAAGACUAAUUAAAAAGAUUAGUUAAGUUUGUUAAUCUUCUUAAGACACAGUUGCAAGAUUCUAAUUAGACCCUCGGCUUUUUCUCUCGUGCCUCGAAAUACAUUUGCAAAAGUUCAUAAACUUCUUAAGCAACUAUAUCGUAAGUACGUAACACGAUACUUCUGCUUGUUCUUGACACUUGAUUCAUUGUCAUCGAUAAUUAACCAAUUAUACGGCAAGUCAUCUCGCGAAAGUUGAGAAUUAUUCGAGUGAGAACGAUGUGAGAUUCGGUCCUUCUAAUGCGAUUCAGUGGAAACGUAAAUUAACGAAUAUUCCAUGCAUUGAAAGAAGUACGUCUGUCCUAGUCGUACGCUGUCACGCUCCUUGUCUCUCACGCAUGCCGGGAUAUAUCUCUUCGCACGUUCUGUAUUCCUGUCAUUGUUCUCUGAAUUUUGGAUCGAUUCAACAGAUGACAACUUUUGUUAUUUGAAAAAGAACGUUGGUUAAUUACUGUCAAACACGAAUGAACAUUUGAAACACGUAGAAAUAGAUUGUUUAAAUUAUUAUAUGAUAAAAGAUAAUAAUAAGGAAGGAUGUUACAACACUGACGUAUCAAGAAUCCGAGGAGGCCACCAAACAUUAUUUAAAGGAAAUUUCAACCUCGGAUCUGCUGGAUUUUUGGUCGUGGAGGGAAUUCAGUGUCAGUAUUUUUGGGGGACACUUUCGUUUGUAUUCGCAUAAGCACAGAGGUACCAUCGAAUUACUGUACAUGCAUGCAAUAUUCUUUGCCGUCUUGAGAUGGUUUAGCAUUGGAAGUGAAAAGACUAUAGCACAGUGGACUUUGUUUUGUUCCCCAGAAGAAUCAGAUGCAGUGGAAGAUGCUUGGCCACCGAAUUGUCUCUCUGAUAUAAGAGAUUUUCGAUUCAAGGGCACACAAUGGACAAGUAUCAACGAAGUUCCAUGUAUUCCAUGGAUAUCAGAAGAUGUUCCAGCGGAGGACAAAAGUGACGCAAAUUUUAUCGACGGAUCUGCCUUGAAGGCAAUUAAUAAAUGUAGAAAUCCUAUUCGCGAUUCUGGUGGGCCUUAUUGUUAUGCAUAUACCCCUUGGGAGAGUAUGAUUAUUUCAAAACGAUAUUGCCCGAUUCGAAAAUGUAGGUCGUCAGAAUGUCGAAUGGCUGGGACCGCGAACGAUUACAUGGGAACACUUUCGAAAACACGUUCAGGACGUCGUUGUGACAAAUGGCCAAUCAGACCCAAAUUACCAGCGGUGCCCCAAAAUGCGACGCGACCCAAGUCCACUACCAAACCGCCUCGUAUCAGAUCUCCAAAAAUGGGACCAAGCGUAGCAGUUCCAAAAGUCAAAUUACCAGCCGGUCGAGAUUACUUUAAUGACAGCGUUUUUCCAGAAGGAAGUGCCAAGAAUGCCAGUAAUUAUUGCAGGAAUCCAUCACGUAAUAUCGCCGGCACUUGGUGUUACACCACAGAUUCUUUGGUACCGCAAGAUCUUUGCAACGUUAGGGAUUGUGAAAAACCAGAGGAAUAUACGUUCCUUGCUGUGGGAGAUGGCCUGGAUAGACGUAUAUACGUUUUACCCGAAUAUCGUUCCGAAGGUUUACACUUUUCUGUGAAAGCUUGGGAACCGGAUAAUCCAGAUUCCGUCGUGCUUAUCUUUUUAGCCGAUGAUGGAUUGAAAUCACGUUAUGUUCUGAAAAUAGGAGCAGCAGACAAUGAAAAAGUGCUUCUCUUUUACGAAUCGGAAACUGCAGAGAUUUCCUUAGUUAAAAAGAAAACUUUGCCGCAUUUACUUUACGUGGGAAAAUGGAGUAGCUUUAUAAUUCGUAUACCACGCGGAAAGGUUUUGCUUUUCUACGAAGAUGAUCCUACACCACUUUUUGAAUGGUCUCAUCCUGAUCCUCCCAAUGCUUUUCUGCCUACGUAUUAUUGUUAUGGUAGUGAACGAGGAAAAGCUGUUGGCUUCGCUUUUAAUCGUGAGUCAAAUUGUCAUAUAGAAAAUACGAAAACUGAUAGAUAUACCAGAAUCUUAUCAUUGUCGACCUGGAUUGACAAAGAAAUAUUACUUCCUGAACAAGUGACUCUUCAACUUCGAGGACAAGGUACAGUUUAUUUGCCUUUGUAUCGAAUGCCUGGCACUCCAGGAUGGUCUGCAAAUACUAUAAAUAUCUAUUCCAACGCGACAAAUGUGUUUCAUUAUCAGCAUAAUAGUCCUCUUAUAUUUUAUUUCUUUUCUGUCGGAGUUGAUUCCAAUAGCUGGGUCACUUGGUCUGUGAAUUGCAUUCCAAUAGAGGGACCAGCAGUGGAUGGUGGUUGGUCAGAAUGGGGACCAUGGGCGUGCAGUGUGAGCUGCAAUGGUGGUACUGGUAUCCGGAAACGACGUUGUAAUUCUCCAAAACCUAACAUCAGAGGAGAACCGUGUGUGGGACCGAGUAUAAUGACUGGACGUUGCAAUGAAAUUCUGUGCGGCGAUAUAACUGAAGAUACAAUUAACAUGAUAAAUCGAAGAAUCAGAACAAACUACACAGCGCUUACUGUUAAAGAACAGCAUCCAAUCACAAUUGAAUCCGAUUCGGACAUUGUUGAAUUAAUUACUACAGAAUCUCCUCGUUCCGAAUUGCAAUGGUCCUUAAAUGGUAUCUUUGUGGAGGUAGAACCCGAAAGAAUAGAGUUACAAGAUUAUAACAUUAAGAUAAUGAGCGCUAUUCUAAAUGAUUCUGGCGUCUAUGCGAUGACAUUACGUCGAAUCGAUGAAACCUAUUCGAUCAUUAAAGUGAUCAGUUUGGCAGUGAUUCCAGCAAAGGAGACUGUACAGAUAAGAGAAACCUUAGACAUGACUAUACAAUGUUACUGCACGAUUUUAGGACAUAUUUAUUCGGAGCUUCAAGUGUUUUGGCUAGUACGGAAUAAAACAUGGAAAGACUAUGGCAUCACGCUUCCUAUGGCAGCUGACUUCGAGAGUAUUACAAAAAUUAACAAGACACAUAAUGGAAUGUGGCAAUGUGUUGUAAAGCAAAAUGAUCUGAACUUCGUGUGGAUAACAAAUAUGAUUUAUAUUAGAGAAUUCGAGAAACUGCAAAGAAAAUAUUUGACAUAAGAAAUAUACCCAGAAGUCCAAAAGGCACACAAUAUGAACCAUUGAUGGAUGAAGUGAUUACUGAAGAUCAAGAAACAACGGAAGAUCGAGCCACUACUGAAGAUCAAACUACUACUGACGAUCAAAUAACAGACGAUGAAGUGACUACAGAAGAUCAAGUAACUACUGAAGAUCAGGCUACUACCAAAGAUCAAGCGAUUACCAAACAGACCAAGCAACCAUCAAGAGAAAGGAACAACCAAUGA